CGCAGGAACACUAUGCAGAAGCUUAACACAGACCAGGAACCUUUUCUGUACAACCGAGAAGAGAUCGAAGAAAAUCCACUCGGUUAACACAGGCUUGUGAAAACGAUACUGUACUGUUUUAAUACUCCUCUUUUAAGGUCACUACUGUGUGAUCGCUGAGAGGCUGUAGCGGACAGAAUGUAGAGUGCUUAGUAUUCCUCACCUUACUCUCUAUCUGUGGGCAUUAUCCUUUUGAAAUUUACUCAGUUUCCAUUUAAUCCUAUUAGAACAAUGGGCUUUAUCUGUACAUCACUGCACUCCACUAUCUGCCAUAGCUUACAGCUGAUGCGACGACUGCCUAUAAGCUUUCAUGUAGGCAUACUGUAUUAAGUUGGCACUUGUAUGUAAGUUAAUGUAUCAUGUUUCUCAAUAAUGUUUUUGUAUUCUAUUUUCGUAUGUAAACAGAUAAUAAUUUUUGUGUUUCUACAUCGCCCGAAUGCAAAAGUCAUUUUCGAUUGACAAAGCUGAUCUUCAAGAAGUCCUACAAGAAUUCAUCUCAGAUUUAAUUGAUUCAUGUAUAAUGGAUGAUAUUCUAAUAAUGCAUCGUGCAAUUAAGCUAGGAUAUUUUCAUAUUAUUGCUGCCGAAUCUAAUCAAGAUUUCUCUGACAACAAUAGUGCUUCAAAUUCAGGUUCUAGCAAGGAUCCAAACAAAAAUACAAGUUGCUGUCGAUGUGGAAAAUGUAAUUGUAAAGUUGCUGCAACACGCUAUGCUGCUCAUUUGUCUAAUUGUAUGGGUUUGGGAAGAAACAGUUCAAGACGGGCAAACAAACGUAUAGCAGAACAGCAGCGUCUAGAAGACGAAACAGAAGACAAUUACCGUGUGUCAUCGUCUAGAGGCGUGGUUCGUUACAAGAGCUCUGCGAAUGCAUCUGGUCAGUUCGAAUGCAAAUAUUCCAACGGAUCAGUCAAUCGUCACCAGUCACCUCUAAAAUUGACAAUUUCUCUGGUAUCAGGUGGUUCAGGGAAGUCAGAUCAGUCAUCAAAAAAUCAAGGAAGUUAAAGAAUCAAUUGCUGGCAAUACACUUAGUUGUUGAGACGAAAGUGACUCAGUGGGAAUUGGGAAUCCAAAAUUGUUAUGACCUAACCUGUCCGCUGUCAUGAACAGUUUACAUUUCUAAACUAUCAAGUUUGUAAAUAGAAAUAUGAUUUUUGUAUUGUCUCAGUCGGUUGAACUUCUUAUUUUGAUAUAUUUUGAUAAUACAAAGUUUGACUAACUGACAAUGGAGUGUACAUGUUUUUAAAAUGUUAUAGUGCACCACAUGUGGUGAACUGUAACAAUGGCAUAUUUCCCGAUUGUCCGCUGAUUUAUUGUAUAAAUUCUCAGUAAGUAGUAGUUUCCAUGACAUAAUAUACUAGAGGGUUACUGUAA